AUGUGGGGUUCAUUUUUUUCUGGUGGAAAAGAUCCAUUGAAAGAACUUGGAUAUGAAAUACUUCCUGAUAGUCAACAAACAACAAAUAAUCCACGUUCAAUUUGGACAAUAUUAAAUGGAAAGAAAAAAAUAACAGGAGAUUUAGUAACAAUAUUUUCUUGUCAAAAUGAUGCUCAUAUUCAAUUAGCUAAAGGCGCCUUGAAGCGUAUGAAAACAUUAAGACAUCCAAACAUCCUGAUUUAUCUUGAUAGUGUUGAAACAGAUAAAUAUGUUUAUGUUGUAACAGAAAAAGCAGUACCACUUGAAACAUAUCUAAAUGAAUUAAAAUCAAAUAUUAAUGAAACAAAUUUUAAUAAUGAACAUUUACUUGAAAUAGCCUGGGGUUUACAACAAAUAUGUCGUGUUUUAACAUUUCUUCAUGAUGAUUGUAAAUUAUCACAUGGAAAUAUUAAUACAAAUACAAUAUUUGUUGAUACUAAAUCAUGUGAUUGGAAAUUAGGAUGUUUAGAAUUUGUACAAUCGAUUAAUGAAAAUCAAAUUCAUCUUCCUUCGAAAUAUUUACCUGCUUGUCAACGUUAUGAACCACCAUCGAAAAAAGGUGGAGAUAGUCAAAAAGCACGUGAUAUUUGGUUUAUUGGAACUCUCAUAUGGGAAAUAUUCAAUGGUAAUGGUGCUACAUCAGCUACAUCCUAUCGUCAGUUAGGUUCAAUACCACGUCCAUUGUCAGCUGCUUAUGGUGACUUAAUAAAUCCAAAUCCAUCACUUCGUUCUUCUUUUGAUAAAUUACUUGAAUCUCCUUUUAUUCAAAAUAAUUCUUUGGUUGAAUGUCUUCUCUUUCUUGAAGAAAUUCAAUUAAAAGAUCCAGGAGAAAAACAAACAUUUUUUACAUCAUUACCCGAUAAAGUAGAUCAAUUUCCAUCACAUAUUAAUGAACGCAAAGUCUUACCAUUAUUAUUUAAUGCAUAUGAAUUUGGUUCAUCGGGUUCAGCUGUUCUACCGACUUUAUUUAAAUUAGGCAAACGACUUUCUGAUAGUGAUUAUAAAAAACGUAUUGUUCCUAUUAUAACUAAAUUAUUUGCUUCAACUGAUCGUAUGACACGUUUUCGACUUUUACAACAAUUAGAUAUUUAUGUUGAACAUUUAACACCAGCUGUUGUUAAUGAUGAUAUAUUUUCACAUAUUUGUAGUGGUUUUACUGAUCAAGAACCAGCUAUUCGAGAAGCAACUGUUAAAUUACGUGGUCGUCUUCUAAUAUCUGCAUUCGGUCGUGGUACACAAGAUCCAUUUGGACCAUCUCGACAAGCAUCUCUUUAUGCUCUUAAUCAUUCAGAACGAUUUUUUACAUUAAAAGAUAUGGCAACAAAAAUCUUGCCAAUUGUUUGUCAUGCUACAAUUGAUCCUGAACUUGAUGUUCGGCAACAAGCAUUUAAAACAAUACAAGUAUUUAUUAAAAAAUUGGAAACUGUUUCAGAAAAACCAGAAUUAGCUAUUGACAUGGAAAAAGAUGUUAAUUCAAGUAAUGUGGGUGGAACAGCAAAUGAAACAUCAUGGACAUCAUGGGCUUUAACAUCACUUUCGAGUAAUAUUGGUAAAUUAACAACAAAACCACAACAACCAUCAGUUAAUUUAACAUUAGCAAAAAGUGAUUCACAAGGUACUUUAGCAAAUGCUUCAACACCUACAACAACAGCAAAAGCAGAGACAAGUAAUAUUGGACAAUCAUCUAGUACUCCAAAAACAACAGCGAAAUUACAAGCCAAAGGAGAAAAAGAAGAACAAGAUCGACAAUCAUCAGCAUUAGCUUCAUAUUUUAAUAAAACAAAUAAUAAUGAUGAAGAAGAUAAAACACCAUGGGAUGAUAUGAAAUCAAAUGAUUGGGGUGAUACACUAGAGACUGAAGAUGAUAAAUGGGAAGAUUUUUCUGCUGCUUCAUUAUCAUCUCAAGCAGCAAAAACAACAACAACAACACAAUCUUCUAGUGUAUCGAAUUCAUCUUUAUGGGUACAAGAUAAACCAUCUUCAACAAGUCAAAAAAAGAAUGAUUGGGAUAGUGAUGCAUUUUUUGAUGAUGUUCUGACAACUGCAACGAAACCGAAACUGAAAACAUCCCGACAUUAA